AUGCCGCCGCGAAGAUCCCAUAAAAAGUCACGCACUGGCUGUCUUCAGUGUAAAAAGAGACGAGUAAAGUGUGAUGAGCGAGGGCCCCCUUGCAGUAACUGCACCACUCGGGGGAUAGAAUGCGCCUAUUCCAGCGCGCCCGCUGGGGCUCGCAUGCCAGAGACACUGUUGGUGAGCCCUAGCUCUCCACAGGUGCCCAUAAGCUCAAACCACAUACCCAGUCAAUCGCCGACAGCCAGCACCCACUAUGAUCUACGCUCGUUGGAGCUCAUGCACAAAUUCUCAACAGAGACCUGUUAUAGUCUCUCCAGCAACGCAUACGACCACCGUGUUUGGCAAACCACCAUGCCUCGCAAGGCACUUGAAUAUGACUUUCUCUUAGAUGGCAUUCUAUCAAUUGCAUCAUUGCACAUAGCUGCCACAAAGGCGCCUCUAGAAGCACGUUCAUACAUCGACACCGCACUAGAAUACCAGAACCGAGCAUUGACACCCUUUCGACAUGCUCUUAACAACAUCUCGCCGGCGAACUGUGACGCCAUUUAUGCCUAUUCCAUUAUCACCAUCGCUAGCCGUAUAGCCAUGCCCCAUCUAGCACUAGGAGAUAAUGAAGGUCUGAAUAUGAUCGAAAACAUCCUCCACGUCUUCGAGUUACUUCAAGGAACCACUGAGAUUUCAAAAAUGACUCGUGCAUGGUCAGCGCAGAGUUCUUUCCCAACAGUCGGGGAUUACUGGGCCUCAGCAGCCAAGCGUCUGGAUAGUGAAACCGAAGAAGCUUUCUGCCGUUUAACCGCGAUAAACAAUCGCAAGAAUAGCACGCUGCCCGAGGCACAUCGGAUAACGGAAGAGGCGAUAGACCUGCUACGGCGCUGCUUUUGUCGGUACAGCACGAUGAAAGACCCGGGCUCGGUCGUUACUUGGCUAGCUGUGGUUAACAGGCGAUUUGUUGAUACGCUUAGGGGUCUGGAGCCUCUUUCCUUGCUGAUUCUGGGGCACUGGGGGGUUUUGCUCGGUUUGCUUGAUGGGAAGAUCUGGUGGGCGUCGAACUCGGGGAGAGCUUUGGUAACUGAUAUAUUGGGUGUUUGUGGGAGGGGCCUGGUUGAGUAUGGGGAUGCUUGGUUGUGGCCGAAGCGGGAGUUACGUUUAUGA